AUGGCUGACGCUGAAAAUGCUACCCGCGCGCCUGAGAGCGACGCCCAGGAAACUCUUGCGGCCAGCGACAAUAUCCAAGCUCCAGCUCCAGCUCCAGCUGUUGUAGGCGAGCAUUGUGUAUCUGACAGACCAACUCCUUCUGGUCAGUCAUCUACUGGAGAAAUCAUCAAGCUCAACGAUGUUGAUGUCUACAUCUCAAAACCAACCGACUACCCCCAUGCGCCAUCACGACUCCUACUCCUCCUGACAGGCGGCACUGGUAUCAAGUCUAUAAACAACCAAAUCCAAGCCGAUAGAUUCGCCUCAGAGGGCUACCUUGUCCUCAUGCCCGACCUCUUUGGUGGUGACACGGCUCCUGGCUCUCAGGCUAUCGCAGACGACUCUACAUCCAUCCUCGAGCAAUUCAAGCUAAAGGCCGUCGAGGUUACAAAGUCAUUCCUUAUCGACAUGUGGCUCGCUCGUGUGACGGACGAAAAGGUCAUGCCCAUCCUGCACAAGGUCAUUGAUGUUGCCAAGGAGCAAUACGCCGACGCGAUCAAGCAGGGCGAUGGUAUUUACGCAGCUGGAUACUGCGUUGGUGCUCGAUUCGUGCUCCUGCUUGCAAAAAAGACAACCGCUACUACGGGCGAUGCCGAGAGUGGCGACGUCAAGAACGGGCCAUACAUCAAGGCCGGCGCUUUGGCGCAUGCUGCUUCAGUUGUCCCAGAUGACUUUAAGGACAUCAGCGCUCCCAUCAGUCUAGUUUGCGUAGAGAACGACCCUCUCUUCCCUGAAGAGGUGCGGAUAGGCGGAGAAGACAGUUUGUCCGAUGCCAACGUCGAGCACGAAGUUCAAGUUUAUCCUGGAGUUCCUCAUGGAUUCGCUGUUGUCGGCGAGUACCAAGAUCAGUCCAUCAAGGAUGCGCAAGCCACUGCCUACGACCAGAUGCUCAACUGGCUCAAGGCUCACUAA